AUGGCUGUAGAUGAGUACGACGCUUCAGAGAGGUUCUCAAGCUGCAAGGCCUUCACUCCCAAGGACCAGAAGAGCUGCGGGUCGUGUUAUGCCUUCGCUGCUGCUGCAGUCUACUCGGCUCGCCUGUGUGCUCAGACAGGAGGACAGUUCAACAUCGAUCUGAGUCCCCAGCAGAUUGUUUCUUGCAAUUCAAAUGAUGGAUGCAGCGGCGGGAAUGCGAUCGAUACCUUCGAACAGAUGUACACCAGCGGCCGUGUUCCCGGAUGGUGCAUGCCCUAUCUUGCCAAGGAUGUCGGAGGAGGAGGGCCAGCCUGCUCGGACGUCUGCAGUCUCGGCCCGGACUACUCAGUGAAGGCCUCUUCACUCGGCGUCAUCCAAGACAACGUCCGCCAGAUCCAGUCGGAGAUUCUGAGCAACGGGCCCGUCUUCGCCGCGUUCUGGGUGUACUCGGACUUCAUGGCGUACACGGGUGGGGUGUACUCGGCGAGCAAGGAGGCGCUCGCGCAAGGGAAGACUGGGGGUCAUGCCGUGAUGAUGGUGGGGUGGGGGACGGAUAAGGAGACAGGGCAGGACUACUGGCUCCUUCAGAACUCCUGGUCAGAGAAAUGGGGGGACAAGGGAAGGUUCAAGAUCAAGAGGGGAGUCGACGAGUGCGGAAUUGAGAGCCUCGGGUAA